AAUCACCGUUACUUUCAAGUUAGUGCUUAUCCUGAAGAUGACGAAAAAAUUGCUCAUUGGUUAUCUGUAACGAUCGGACUUCCACAACAAAACCGUUAAACAUAUCCGCUUUUGUUUUUAAAAUUUCAAGAUUUCGUGCGCGGCUAGUACGACUCGCUUAUCUUCUAUUGAUCUAGAGAUUUGUAAAUUUAUUGUGUCGAGUACAAUGGAAUUCUAAAAAUUCGUAGCUUUGGUUAGAGUCCCACUUAUCAACAAGCUGGAGUGUGUUAAUAAACAUUUAUCAAAUCGCGUUGAACUCAACAAUCAAAAACAUCAAAGUUUGUAAUCCAAACAAGCGCGAUGAUCAGUUUAAAAAUUUACAACAUCAAACCUCGACUCCCAAGAGCUUGAGAAUUUUUACAUUGGGGCCUCGAAUAGAAAAAGCCUAAAAACCUCAAGGGAGGAGAUUUACAACGGGUUCAUUAUUUGUUUUAAUUUUGGACAAGGGAAUAUUGUUAAAAAGAUUACACAGUUAUUUAAAAUUCGAAAAAAAAAAAAAGCAUUUAGAAGCAAAUUUGUUGAGCGAUAAAUUUUGUUGUGGGUCAACGUAAAAAUUUUUUUAACGAAAUGUGGAGCAGCCAACAUCGAGAGGGAAAGACUCUUGUCGUUGAUAUUUUAUGGAUUCUUUUCUUGAUAUUAAAGUAUUCGCUGAUGUCGGUUGAAAAAAUGUACGCAUUUCUGAUUGGUCGCCCGCAGCAUUGUCAACAGAUGUAUGAGAAAAGCGCUGAGGUGUGUACAAUUUGGUUUUUCCACAGGCGUCCUCCAUGCUUAGACGAACUGUUCACAGGAGAUUUCAUACACACUCACGAACGAUACGACCAUCCAAACAUUAUUUUAAACGAUAGCGUAACACUAUUUAGAAUAACGAGAGAGCAUGCAAUUUUUGUUGAUUGUGAAGACUAUGAUGUCUUCAACUCUAAAAAUGGCCCCUUCGCGUUUCCUCUCCAAGGUGUUAACGCUCGAAAAGUCAUCUAUUUACCUCUUUCUUCAUUCCACAAAAUUUCAAAAGAUAUAACUCUACCCAACGUACCGAUUAUUCAUUUGGCACACCAUGGAAGAUGUGGUUCUACGGUUGUUACCAAGGUCUUUGAAGCCAUUCCGCAUUCGUUAUCCAUAUCUGAAACGUACGCGUUUACAGAUAUUGCAUACGUCUCCCAUUGUGGAACACACGAUCGCGACACGUUAAAAUCUCUGUGUUUCAGCGCUCUCAUGUGCACGUUAAAGCAUGCAAACACGAGAAAGUCAUCAAUAAUCUUCUUUAAAUGCCAGAGUACCGUUGUAUUUGUUUUGGAUAUCCUGAUGGAAGCCGUUCCAGAAAUAAAAUGCGUUUAUAUGCACAGAGAUCCAGUGCCCUACGUCAGAUCCUACGAGAAGCUAAUGAUAAUGAACAACUGGUCAUUAUCCAAUAUAAAAACUUUGCAGUGUCUUGUCGGGAUUGGUCAACAUAGCAUAGUAAAUGGCGAAAGAUCUCGUUCACCAGAUUAUUUGAAAAAUCUCUCAAUAUUUUCUAAACUGUCGCUGACAUGGAUUUCAAAAUGGAUUGCGUAUAAGAACUUGUGUGCUAAGGGAUACGCUAUUAAAUCGCUAAAAUACGAAGAGUUAUUGGGAGAGCCAUAUCAAGUUUUGAUCCAAAUUUUCACAUUUAUGAAUCUAUCAAAAUAUCUCGUCCCGAAUGAUCUUACACACGUUAUGUCGAAUGAUUCUCAAGCUGAUUCCAUCUUUUCUUCUCGUACUAAAACAAACGAUUUGAAUGGACGUUGUAGAUCUCUCACAGCCGAAUUAAAGGAGGAAGUGAAUAAGCUGUGUGAUGAUUUUAACACGCCAAGAUUUUGGAAGUGACUGUGAAAAAACAUCUAAAUAUAACAUUAGGUAUGUCAUUCAAAUUACGAAUAAAGAAGCAAGCUUGAAUAAGACAGUGAAACCUCUCUUAUCUGAUGCAUUUAUAAAACGACACAUCAUUAAAGUUCGUUUAUAUUUGACUGAGUUUUUUGUUAACGCAUGUGUGCUUGUAAGAUCAUCACUUAUUUUUUUGAAGUACGCACGCGCUAACAAAGAACUUGCGGGAUUUUUGCUCUGCAGCGGAAAAUACAGUUAAAUUAGAACA